AUGUCAACAGGAUCUAAUUCAAAUGAUUUAGAGACUAAACAUCAACAAUCAAACACUCAUUCUCAUUCUCAUUCUGAGGAAGCGCAUACCCAUUCUCAUAGUGGAGGAAGUAUGUUACACCAUCAUCAUUCAAUGCAUGAACCGAAUGAAUUUUUAGCUGCAAGUGCAUCCUCAAUAAAGUCAAAUCCCGCUGUAAGGAUAACUUGGAUUGGCCUAUUAGUAAACAUUGGGUUAGCUAUAUCAAAGGGUAUAGGUGGAGUGGUGUUUCAUUCACAAGCCCUAAUUGCUGAUGCAAUCCACUCAGUAAGUGACAUGCUAGCUGAUUUUUUGACAUUAGCUACUGUAAAUGUUGCAGCCAAAGUCGGAACUCCUACCAAGUUUCCAUUUGGAUAUGGAAAAAUAGAAACUAUUGGAUCUUUUGCAGUUAGUGCCAUAUUAUUAUUUGCUGGUAUUUCAGUUGGUUGGUCUUCAUUAUUACAAGUAUUCGAAUUCUUUUUACCUACUCAGUUAUAUGAAAUUGCUGCAAGUAUUCAAAUUGGUCAUAAUCAUACUCAUACUGAUCUUGGAAAUGGAGGUGUUGGGGAAUCACAAAGCAGUUCACAUAGUCAUGUACAUACACCAACAGGAACUGAACUUUCAACACAUAGAGAAAUACCAAAUAUUAAUGCUGCAUGGUUGGCUGCGGGUUCUAUACUAGUGAAGGAAAUUUUAUACCGUAAAACAAUGAAAAUUGCUCAUGAAACUAAUUCCAAAGUAUUGGUUGCUAAUGCAUGGCAUCAUAGAGUUGAUUCAUUAACCGCGGUGGUUGCAUUAUUGACUGUAGCUGGUGGAGUGUUAUUCAAUGUAGCGUGGCUUGAUUCAAUAGGUGGGAUCGGGGUAUCCAUAUUAAUUAUUAAAGCCGGAUGGGAUUCAAUCAAAGAAGCCUGGUAUGAAUUGAUUGAUAGAGGUGAACAACCAGGAUCUGAGAUUUACAAUAAAGUUGAAAAUAUAAUAAAGUAUGAACUUGAAAGUAAUGAACAAUUGAAGCAAUUUAAAAUAAAACAAUUAUCAGUCUUAUCUUCCGGAGCAAAUACAAAUAUAAAUUUCACAUUGCUUACUCAAAAUAAAAAUAUAAAUUUAGUUACUUUAAACAAAUAUGAAAAAAUUUUAUCCGAUUUAAUUCACCAAGACGAUAGAUUUGUUAGAAAUGUGGGAAUAAAAUUCGAACUAGAAAACUCGACUGAAACUGAGAAUUCAAAUAAUCAUGAUGAUCAUCAUUAA